AUGGAAAGCUCAGUCGCCUUACAUCAAAAGCUCGACAUCCCCUCCGAAUUCCGGAAUUACAACACAAUAACUGAAAGCGAUGUCAUAGUUCGGCUGGAGGAGUGGCGGCGGCAAGCCCACAAGGUGCUCGGAGAGCUGUAUGAGCAGCUGAAGCAGCGGGAAUCUCUAUCACGGAGUGAGAAGGCUGAGAUAAUUGCGGCGGUCGCUCCAUUUGAUGGUGAAGGAUCGUGGUCUCUGGAGAUCUCACGGGUGCAAGCGCAAGAGAUAUUGCGCCCGUACUCGGAACCAGAGCCGACAUUCCAAGCCAGUCCGCAUCCGAUGCUGAACACAGCGACUGGGCGGACCCUGCCUAGGGCAGCGGGAGGGCCUGAUGCCGUAUUGGAUCAUUUUGAUGGUCAGACUUGGAAGGAUCGUCCGGGGAUGAUCGACCUACUAGCCUGGUGUGUGCGGCAUUGCGAGAGCGUUGCAUACGAGAAGUUAUGGCACCUCCUCAUCCCACCAGUGAUGACACUACUAGACGACUACGAAACUUUCUACAGGCUACGUGGAGUCAAUGUCGCGUCGGACAUGAUCCAGCGGGUCCCAGCAGAUCUCCUUCGCCGCACUGGCGUGGACGGUCUUCUCUUCACGUCACUUAAAAAAUGCCUCGCAUUCCUUCAGAAUCCCGAGACAUCUGAGCUAAUCCGCGCCGCCGUGCCAACAUCCGUUUCUCUCGUGCUCCACACCACACCGCCCGGCUCCGCUAAGCGAUUCGAUCAGCUAUGCGAGGUUCUCGGCGAUGGCAUCAUUGGCAGCAUCUGGUUCUACGCCAUGCACGAGCAGGACGCGAUCGAGGCUACCAUAGACGUCCUGCCGGCAUCGUGCACGCGCUGGGCGAUCGUCCCGCAGCUCGUGUUCCCGCUCAUGCCCGUGCCUGAGAACGCGGCUCACCCGCGGCUCCAGCUGAGCUCCCUUCGUGCGCUUGCGGUAGUCAUCAGGACGUGCGCACCGCGCAUGCACAAAUGGAAGGGUCAGAUCCUGGAAGGCACCCUGAAAUGCUGGCACCGAGAUCCGGUAGCGACAAGGAUGCUACGGGGUGCGAUCAAGGAGGUGUGCGACGCAUUGGUCGUUGCAUGUCCGUCGGUCGAGUACGCCCGGUUACUACAGGCUGACCGACAAAUGUUUGAGCCCCUCGUUGAGACGUCUGUCAAGGCAUGA